AUAAAAAAACACUGAGCUUUUUUUCUCAGCCAAUAAACCAUAUCAUUCAUCAAGACGCUGCGAGAUCACAUUUCCUACAUCUCUACGGUGGUAUGUGUUUAUGGAGAUCACUGAGCUCGAGACGAUUUUUAAACCGUGUAAUGACUUGAAACUUGGAAGUCCCCUGAAACCCAGCCCACUGGACCUUAGCUACAGGAAAAAACUGUGUCCUGAUCACAACCAAUACUUCCCCAGCCAGUCCCACCAGACCCUGUUCCUCUGAGACUAUGUGAAUGUGGACUGUGUUAUGGGUACAGAACCCCAAGGGCCAAGUCAGGAAGAGAAUCAGACUUUCAGGUUGCUAUGGACUAUUGGAUCAACUCCUGAAUCCUGUCAGCUCUGCUUGGAACUUCACAAUGGUGUUGUUUCUGACUGCAACUAUAAUAACCUUGAAUAACUCCUCUCAUGAGAACCAGACUACAGAAAACCCCACCUCCCAGGGUGCCCAUGUACUUUCCUAUAUGCUGGUCGUCUCUCUUCUUCUCAUCAUCAUCGUUCUCCCGACAGUAUACUUCCUAAGGUUUAGAAACCACAGGAAGGCUAUUGUCACCUCAGUUGAUAAGAAGAUUCCAAAUGGCUUCUUGGAAGAUCAAGGAGAGCAGACAGUGGUCCUCCUCCCACGAUCCCCAUCUCCAUCCAAGCGUUACUUCCCCAUCCCCCUGGACUCGCUAGAAGACCAGUUCCGGAUAUGCUCGGCAGACGACUGCAAGCUUUUCAGAGAGGAGUUCAAUUCACUGCCCUGUGGCUACCAGCACAGCUCCUUUGAGGAGGCUAGCAGGGUGAUCAACAGGGACAAGAACAGAUAUCCAAACAUCCUACCAUAUGACCAUUCCAGAGUGUUGUUAACUCAAAUCGAUGGUUAUUCUUGUACGGACUACAUAAAUGCCUCGUACAUAGAUGGUUAUAAAGAGAAGAACAAAUUCAUUGCAGCUCAAGGCCCAAUGCAUGACACUGUGGCAGACUUUUGGCGGAUGGUUUGGGAACAGAAGACUGCUACUAUAGUGAUGCUCACUAACCUGAAAGAGAGAAAAGAGGACAAAUGUUACCAGUACUGGCCAGACCAGGGCUGUUGGAUGUAUGGGAAUGUGAGGGUGGCAGCAGAGGACUUUACUGUACUGGUGGACUACACCAUGCGCAAGUUCUGUGUACAAUAUCAGGGGAGUGAUGGCCCCAGGGCCCCCUGCCUGGUCACCCAGCUCCACUUCACCAACUGGCCAGACUUUGGGGUGCCCUUCUCCCCCAUUGGCAUGCUCAAGUUCCUCAAGAAGGUGAAGACGGUCAACCCGUCUUAUGCAGGACCCAUCGUGGUGCACUGCAGUGCUGGUGUAGGAAGGACUGGAACAUUUAUCGUCAUAGAUGCCAUGAUUGACAUGAUGCAUGUAGAGCAGAGGCUGGAUGUCUUUGGGUUUGUGACCAGAAUACGGGAGCAGCGCUCUCAACUCGUCCAGACUGAUAUGCAGUACUCAUUCAUCUAUCAGGCGCUGUUGGAGUAUUAUCUAUAUGGUGACACAGAGCUGGAUGUGUCCUCUCUGGAAGGCCAUCUGCAGAAGCUCCACAAUACCAGAGCACCCCUCGAAAGGCUGGGCCUAGAAGAAGAGUUCAGGAAACUGACCAAUGUACGCAUAAUGAAGGAGAACAUGAGGACCGGAAACCUUCCUGCCAACAUGAAGAAGAACCGUGUGCUUCAGAUCAUUCCAUAUGACUUCAACCGGGUUAUAUUGUCAAUGAAAAGGGGCCAAGAGUUCACGGACUACAUCAAUGCAUCAUUUAUUGAUGGCUACAGACAGAAGGACUACUUCAUCGCUACCCAAGGUCCUCUGUCCCACACGGUGGAGGACUUCUGGAGGAUGGUGUGGGAGUACAGGUGUCACUCUAUUGUCAUGCUCACUGAACUCAAGGAGAGGGAACAGGACAAAUGUUUCCAGUACUGGCCAGCAGAGGGCACUGCGACAUUUGAAGACUACACUUUGGAGCUGAAGGGGGAUGCCCUAUGUGACACUUUCACUCUGAAGGACAUGGUGCUCACAUAUGGACCAGAAAAACAGUCAAGGCACGUCCGACACUUUCAUUUCCACGGCUGGCCUGAGAUCGGAAUACCGACAGAGGGAAAGGGAAUGAUCGACAUCAUUGCUUCAGUGCAGAGACAGCAACAACAGUCUGGAAACCACCCCAUCAUAGUACAUUGCAGUGCUGGUGCGGGCCGGACUGGGACAUUCAUCGCCCUGAGUAAUAUUCUGGAGAGGGUGAAAGCCGAGGGCCUACUGGACGUGUUUCAGACAGUCAAGAGUUUACGCAUGAAGAGACCACACAUGGUUCAGACUGUGGAACAAUAUGACUUCUGCUACAGAGUCGUUCAAGAUUUUGUUGACAUUUUCUCAGACUAUGCCAAUUUCAAAUGACAGUAUCUGCUACAUAUACCCAUGAAUUUUUCCAACAGGCAUAUACCAUUUUGUUAGAUCGCUCUUUUUACGCUUUGCACUUAAACACAGUACUUAAACUUAUUGUUCCAUAUUGUAAUAUAUUUGUUUGUAUCUCUGUCUGUUUUUUUUUGUUAGCUUGUUCAAAACAGCCCAAAAGAAAAUGUAAUAUUAUGUCUAUUUAGUCAUGGACUUUUCAACUAGCUUUGUGUCCUCAGUAUUUGGAUGUCAAACGUUUUGAAUUGAACCUAAGACCAUUUGAUCAAACAUGGGAAUGAAGGGUUUAUUAUGUUAACAUUAUGUAUAUACGCUGAGUGUAUAAAACAUUAAGGACAGCUUCCUGAUAUUGAGGUGCACCUGGUCAGUCUGUCAUGGAAAGAGCAGGUGUCCUUAAUGUUUUGUACACUCAGUGUAUAUUGAUUAACUUAUGCAUAUAAUCUUUAUCUAUUUAUAUAAUGUAGAAUUUAAUGUACAUUUUGAGUAUGUUAAAAACAUUACCACGAGA